AUGCUACCUCUCGAGCUUCACGAUCUGGGCUCAAGCAUGUACAAAGCGGCAAUCCGACAUGAAUCGGAUGCGGCUUGGAGGGAUCUUUUUACUUUCAUGUACAGCUCUUCAAACUCCGUCCGCGUUCGGGGGAAAUGUGAGUCAGGAGUGAGGCUGCCCGGCAAGUUGGGAGCGUUUUAUGCGUUUUGCCUCGUCGGCUGA